AUGGAUAUUCGAGAAGCUCCGAGACAACCAUUCUGGAAAUCUGGCUACCUGUACAUAGUCGCAAUACGACGUAGAACAUUACUCGCUUUAAUUAUGGGAUUUAUGACCAUAACGGCAGGAACCACGUUUCUCGUUAUCAGAUAUCGAAAGAAAGUACGAAAAGAGUUAGAGCAAAAGAAAUUGAAUGAAGAUGAAGAAGAACAAAACGAAAGUGAGGAAUCGGAAAGCGUCGACGUAACCCCACCAUCUGAAAACGAAGCGAACAUGGACGAUUCCAGCAAGUCACCUGUAUCAGUGGAUUCAUCGAAAUCAGAUAAAGUGAGCAAAUCACCUGAGAAGGAAGAGAAGAGAACGUCGAUAGAUGGCACUUUACUGAGAACACCGUUUAUUGAAAAGAAUGAUUCAAAGGUGGAUGGUGCAGAGAAGACAGGGACUGCUUUGGAUUCAAAGGAUAUUUUGCCUUCGAUCUCACUUGAAGACGAAAAUGGGACCCCGGCCGUUCGUAGACAAGAAGAAGGUUCUUCAUCGUCAUUAUCAGUAUCGAUGAGUCGUUAUAGAAUCCCAGAAAGAGUAUCCGCACCGUCGAGCGUUGGAAAUUCUUCAGUCGGUUCUGGUGGUGUCACCGAACAGGAGAUUAAACGCAGUAUUGUAGAGAAAAUUACCGUUGUCAGUUCGGAGCCUGUCAGUCGAAGCAGCACCGAGAAAAUCGCAAGCAAGGAAAUAAGCGACAGCAAAGAAAUGCCGAAAAAAAACGAGUCGCCGAAAAAAAGCGUAACAAAAUUAUCCGCAAAGCAAAGAGCAAAGCAGAAAAAGAAAGCAGGCACAUCAAGUACUUGGACAUUCAAAAAAGUCCCGAAGAAAACCACUAAACGUUCAAAAAAUCGCAAGAAGACGGAGAAGAAAUCAAAAGAAAAACAGAGAAAAUCGAAAAAGAAAAAGAAGAAAUCGAAAGAGAAGGAACGAUAUGUGCUGUUAAAAUAA